GUUGGCGCGCGGCUGUGCGACCAGGGCCAUCGGGCCAGGAUGGUGGACACGGAGAGCCCGAUCUGCCCCCUCUUCCCGCUCGAGGCCGAUGACCUGGACAGCCCGCUGUCGGAAGAGUUCCUGCAGGAAAUGGGCAACAUCCAGGAGAUUUCUCAGUCCAUCGGCGAGGACAGUUCCGGGAGCUUCAGCUUCACGGACUAUCAGUACCUAGGGAGCGGCCCGGGCUCGGACGGGUCCGUCGUCACAGACACCCUCUCGCCGGCCUCCAGUCCCUCGUCGGUCACGUGCCCCGUGGUCCCCGGCAGCGCCGACGAGCCCUCCAGCACGGCGCUGAACAUCGAGUGCAGGAUCUGCGGGGACAAAGCCUCCGGCUACCACUACGGGGUUCACGCGUGCGAGGGCUGCAAGGGCUUCUUCCGGCGAACGAUUCGACUGAAGCUGGUCUAUGACAAGUGCGACCGUAGCUGCAAGAUUCAGAAAAAGAACCGUAACAAGUGCCAGUACUGUCGCUUCCACAAGUGCCUUUCAGUUGGGAUGUCCCAUAACGGUAGCAAUUCGCUUUGGACGGAUGCCAAGAUCCGAAAAAGCAAAACUGAAAGCGGAGAUCCUCACGUGCGAACACGACGUAGACGAUUCCGAAACCGCGGAUCUCAAGUCCCUGGCCAAGAGGAUCUACGAGGCCUACCUGAAGAACUUCAACAUGAACAAGGUCAAGGCCCGGGUCAUCCUCGCCGGCAAGGCCAGCAACAACCCACCGUUCGUCAUACACGACAUGGAGACGCUGUGCAUGGCCGAGAAGACGCUGGUGGCCAAGCUGGUGGCCAACGGCAUCCAGAACAAGGAGGCGGAGGUCCGCAUCUUCCAUUGCUGCCAGUGCACGUCCGUGGAGACCGUCACGGAGCUCACGGAGUUCGCCAAGUCCAUCCCCGGCUUCGCGGGCCUGGACCUCAACGACCAGGUGACCCUGCUGAAGUACGGCGUCUACGAGGCCAUAUUCGCCAUGCUGUCGUCCGUGAUGAACAAGGACGGCAUGCUGGUGGCCUACGGCAACGGCUUCAUAACGCGCGAGUUUCUCAAGAGCCUCAGGAAGCCCUUCUGCGACAUCAUGGAGCCCAAGUUCGAUUUCGCCAUGAAGUUCAAUGCCCUGGAGCUGGACGACAGCGACAUCUCCCUUUUCGUGGCCGCCAUCAUUUGCUGCGGAGAUCGCCCUGGCCUCCUCAACGUCGGGCAGAUCGAGAAGAUGCAGGAGGGCAUCGUGCACGUGCUCAAGCUCCACCUGCAAAGCAACCACCCAGACGAGGCCUUUCUCUUCCCGAAACUUCUGCAGAAGAUGGCGGACCUGCGGCAGCUGGUCACCGAGCACGCGCAGCUGGUGCAGGUCAUCAAGAGGACCGAGUCGGACGCGGCGCUGCACCCGCUGCUGCAGGAGAUCUACAGGGACAUGUACUGAGGCUCGGGAGUGGACACGGAGCGAGGGACUGUUCAGAGGUGCCGGCGCUGCAGAGGAGUGGGAUCAAGGCCGCCUUUCCCGCGGUCGCUGGUUAACCCCUGGGACGGACCGCGCGCCCGAGGUAACGGGACCGUCCUCGCUGCCUCCCUUCACCCAGUUCGCGCUUCUGAGCGCGCCGUCGGGGCGUGGAGAACUUGGGGAGUGGUGUGUGGCCGGCCGCCCUGAGCCUGCCUGGCGUUAGAUCGCUGCAGAUUUCCUUACGUCGCAAUAGUGAUUUACCGCGGAGUUUAUCUGGUGACCUCAGAAUCAUGGUCUGUCUUCCCCGGGCACCACUGCGGACCGCUGGGCUCCUUUGUAAUCUUGAAAACUAAUCAGCACUUUUUAACUUUUGUAAUCCUGUAUAUCUAGAUGUAACCAAAGGUUAGCUAUUUUAAAAGCUGCAAAGUAUUUAUUCGGAAGGCUUCGGUUCCGGUUCCUGAA